AUGGCUGACGCCCAACCCGCACCUUCUGGUGAACAGCGCGGCUUCGGCCGGGGCCGUGGUGGACGCGGCGGCCGUGGUGGCCGUGGUGGCCGCGGUGGUCGCGGUGGCAGCAACGAGAAGGAGGAGUGGGUCCCUUGCACGAAGCUUGGGCGCCUUGUGAAGGAGCAGAAGAUCAAUUCACUGGAGGAGAUCUUUCUCUUCUCGAUGCCCAUCAAGGAGCAUCAGAUUGUGGACCAGCUCAUCAGUGAGAGUGAAAUGCGCGACGAGCUGAUGCUCAUUGUCCCUGUGCAGAAGGCGACGUCAGCCGGUCAGCGCACGCGCUUCAAGGCCUUCAACAUUGUUGGCGACGGCAAUGGCCACAUUGGUGUCGGCGCCCGCGUCGGCAAGGAGGUGUCGCUGGCCAUUCGCGCCU